AUGGACCCAUCCACCACCUUCGAUCUACCGGCGGGAGACUACCCAGCUAUAGAUAUACAAGCCGGUCUCGGCAUCUCUAUACUCCCCUCCAAACGCCAACCAUACACCCCAGAACCAUGCGCGUGUCCCCCAUACCCACCCCAACAGCACCUCUACACCCCACCAACCCUGCAACACUACGUGCUCCCGGACAUGACCGACAUGGCCGACCUCAUCCCCUACACAAUGGAACGGGUGCAUCUGCGCGAAGCCCCAGAGCUGGAGAACAAUAUGUUCUACGCCCCAUUCCGGCGCGCGGGGGAUUUCUCCUCCUCGUCCUCCUCCUCCUCGUCUAUAUCUACCGCCUCCUCGAUACACUACCCUACAUGCGACUCGUUCGACAGCAACACAGGCAGCAAUUGUCUGCACCCAAACGACUACUACCACCAAGGAGGCGCCUCAGAAUACCUCCACACCUCGUCCUCCGUAUCCUCCCCCUACUAUCCCCCCGACACCACCAACAACAGCAACAAUAACACACCCACAUACCCACCGCUCUCCAACAGCCCUACAUCUGCCACAGCAGCCGUCGUGUCUGCCUCUUCAGGCUCGCUCCCGGCCACCCAAAAGGACCUCACGAACUACGGCAUCCAAAACCCAGACCAGACCUGGCGGUGCGCGUACCCGGGCUGCACGUCGCAGACGAUCUUCCGGCGCGGCUGCGACCUCCGGAAACAUUAUAAUCGGCACCGCAAGCAUCUGUUCUGUCGGCAUCGCGGCUGUCCGCAGGCUGUGGCCGGCGGGUUUUCGAGUAAGAAGGAUCGUGAUAGGCAUGAGGCUAAGCAUAACCCGGUGGUGUGUUGUGAGUGGGCAGGCUGUGAGAGGGUGUUUAGUCGGGUGGAUAAUAUGAAGGAUCAUGUUAGGAGGAUUCAUCGCAGGAGGGAAUGA